UCCGGUGACCAGACUCCAGAAGGUCAGCUCCGCCGGCUCUCAGGACUUCCGCGGAUCUCCCCGAAAAUGACGGCGUCUUGCGCGCCGCGCACGGCACCUCCCUGCCGCCCCGAGAGCCACUUCUCUUCUCGGGGCCUCGUUGUCCUUUUGGGGGCCCUAGUGCUCCUGCUGCCCGUGUUCUCCGAUGCCUGUGAUGAUCCACCAAGAUUCAAUUCUAUGAAGCUGAGGGGUGUCGCUCAAGCCACUUAUAAUCCUGGGGACACAAUAGAAUAUGAGUGUCGUCUAGGAUACAAGCUCAAGAGACCUCCUCUUGCCACCUCUGCUGUCUGUCAGUCUGAUAGCACAUGGACGCCUCUCCAGGAGGCUUGUACAAGAAAAUUAUGUCGACAUCCAGGAGAACCCACAAAUGGCCAAGUCAAAUAUGUAAAUGGAACUUUAGAGUUUGGUUCACAGAUUCACUAUGCUUGUAAUGAGGGUUUUAACUUAAUUGGACAAAACAUUCUAUAUUGUGAACUUGUUGGAGAAAAUGUGGAUUGGAGUGACAGUCCCCCAUUAUGUCAAGUGAUGUCUUGUAGUCCACCUCCAAAAAUACAAAAUGGAAAAUACACCAGAAGGGACCAGGAGGAAUUUACAUACAAUGAUGAAGUAACUUAUAGUUGUGAUCCUUCAAAUGGACCAGAUGAAUAUUCACUUAUCGGAGAGAGCAGGCUUGUUUGUUCUGGGAAUGACAAAUGGAGUAGUGACCCUCCUGAGUGUAAAGUGGUCAAAUGUGAACAUCCAGUACUCGAAAAUGGAAGACUGGUAUCAGGAUUUGGAAAGAAAUUUUACUACAAAGCGACAGUCGUAUUUGAAUGCAACCGGGGUUUUUACCUCAGUGGCAGCGACACAGUUGUGUGUGGCGCUAACAGUACUUGGGAGCCUGCAAUGCCAACCUGCAUUAACGUGUCAACAAUUCCCAGUACGAAACCUCCAAUUUCCAGUGUCUCAGAACAUUCCAGUCCCAGUGAUGAAUCACCACCACUUAAAGGCUUGAAAACUUUAGGUGUAGGAAUCAAGGCUCUGAUUGUUAUCUGUGUACUUGGUGGAGGAAUUGGUGGCACCAUCCUGUAUAAAUAUCGCACCAGGAAGAGAGGGGAAGCAGAGGUUAGCACUGCAUACAGCACUUACCAGAAUAAAUCAACCAUUCCAGCAGAUCAGGCACCCUACAUGGUUUCCACAAACCAGUGCAUCAGUUUAUCUUUUGAUUCUUUUAAAAUGUUAAGAUCUAUAGUAAAUUCAUAUAGCUACUAUGGAAAACAGUAUGGAGGUUCCUCAAAAAAUGAAAAAUAGAACUACCAUAUGAUCCAGCAAUUCCACUUCUUGGUAUUGACCUAAAAGAAACUAAAUCACUAUGUAGAAGAGCUAUCUUCACCUCCGUGUUUAUUACAGCAUUAUAAUAAUAACCAAGACAUGGAAACAACCUAAGUGUCCAUUGACGGAUGAAUGGAUAAGCAAUAUGGUAUAUGUAUAUAUAAUGGAAUACUAUUCUGCCAUAAAAAAAGAAGGAAGUCCUGCUAUUUGUGAAAACAUGGAUGGACCUUGAGGGCAUUAAGUGAAAUAAGUCAUAGAGAGAGAGAGAAUUACUGUGUAAUCUCGUUUAUAUGUGGCAUGUUAAAAAACUAAACUCAUAGAAAAAGAAAUUAGAUGUCUGGUUGCCAGAGGUGGC